UUCAUCUCGAUUAUAUUAUACUCUGUAGGCAAGUGGACGAUUUACCAACAGAUUUUGAUGAAAUUUACUCUAGUUAAGAAACAAAAAAGUACAUGUUGAUGAACUGAAGAAAACACGAAAAGAAGCAAAGAUAAUAAUGAUGCUAAGUGAAGAUAUCAAUGGAAAGAUUUGUCAGUUAGAAAGGGCUAUAAAGCAGCUAGAUGCUGUUAAGCGCCAUUUACUUCAUAAUGCUACUGAGAUCAAAGGUCAAGUUCAGACUACAAUGAGUAGACAUUUGGAAGCUUUAAGGAAUAGGGAAGUGUGGCUUCUAAAUCAAGUAGAUUUGGUUUUCAGUGCUAAAGAAUCAGUAUUACAGGCCCAGCAAGGCAGAUUGAAUAAGAUGCUUGGUGUGUUACAAAGUGCAAUUGGUUUAACAUCCGACUCUGACAUGGACACUAUUCUAAAUGAUACCCUUCAAAAAAUGGAUAUCGAUAUCAAUGACCUUAACCCUGAGGAGACUGCGUUUUUCUCCUUUCGAGCUGAUCCAGCUGAUCUACGCAAGUCAAUCUUGAAUUAUGGUCAUGUUGAUGCCAAUGGUAUGCCUUUAAUGGGUGCCUUCUUUGAGCCAGAGUCUCAAACCCUACCCAGACAUUUUGAAGAUUACGAAGGACCAGAUCAUCAUAUCUUUCACAAGACGGUGGAAGACAACAUGAAAUCAUCAGAACGAGGGAUUUAUGUGAAUAUCCCCAAGCUGUCAACAAAAUCUGAAGAUUGGCUCCUUAGACCAACAACAGUAACCACAAAUACUGAAACUACGCCAAGAUUUUCCUUCCCUGCUUUCAGCAGUAAUUCUUUUGAUUGGACCCAGAAAAAGUCACCCAUGACUUCGGCGAUGGAAUCCCCUCCUCUACGUACCAUAUCUAGUGAUGCCAGUAUUAAGGAUUGGUUGUGCCAGAUUAAACAUUACACAGAUGCCGACGAAGAUGAUUUUGAAAUUGUGGACAAUCCUGGGUUCACAUCUGGUGCAAGUACGUGCAGCACUGAGACAACAGGUAAACCUGUUGUUGGUAAUUUGGACCUAGUGAAUAUUGCGAACAUGAAGUUUCCUAAAGCUGUCCAGAACUGGUUGAGAAGUAAUAGAUCAACACCAGAAGAAAAACCCCAAUCUGAUGUGCUUCAAUAUUUUCAACAUAUUCCCUCUGAUCCUAAUCAUUGGCUACUCAAUGGAACAGUGAGGGAAAAGUCAUGUGAAGAAUGUACCUCUACUGGACCAAGUGAUAUAGAGACCCUGGGUGAUAGACUAGGCAGUUUAACUUGUACACCUGUCAUGUCUAAUUUCUACAAAUCCUGCCCUACUGAUAAAAGGUGCUGGCUCAAGACUGCAGAAGAUAUUAAAAGUGCUAUGCCUGAUGUCAAGACCGUCUGCCGAGCCAAUGAACUCUGUGAAGGAUAUGAAGAAUGUGUCUGCAAGCCUCACUGUGGAUUUCAACACCUGGGAAUUGAGGAUAAUGACCAUUGGUUGAUUAAAACGGAGAAAGGAGAUCUGGAAGAUUUGAAGGAAAAAUGUCCAAACAACACCAAUUGUAAGAUGGCAGCCUGGCUGUCACCCACUAAACCAGUCGAAUUUACAAAUACUCAAAUUUCAUUUUCCUUCUUUCAAGAAGCAUCAAAGGAGAUAAAAGAUUGGCUUAAGGAAAGCGAGAAAAAAUGUGAAGGAGAUCUCGAUUUUAAGUCGAUAUUUAAUUUCAAAGAUGAAGAAGGCGAUGGAGAAAAAUGGUUGAAAUCAUCACAGGAAAUGGAAGUUGAUGGUGAGGAAGAUUCAGUUACAUGGAAUGUUGUAAAAGAUCAGCAUAGCAAGUUGAAUUCUGCCGAUUGGUUGCUUAAAACAACUUUUGGUCAGUCCCAUCAAAGAGAUAAUAAAGGCUAUUGGCUUUUGAGUUCAAAAUAAUAUACACAUUUUGAUCUAUAAAAGCAACCUAUGAUUUCGUAUUAUGAUUGAUAGGCAAUGAAAUUAACACUAUAUAUCUGGAUUGAUUUUAAUUGUCAUUGAUCACUAAAUAUAUUAAUUUGUCAAUCAAUAUGCAUGAAAGUGUUAUAGUGAUUUGCUAAGCAAUUUCGUUCAUUUCACCAGAUGUUUCAAAUGUGGCUGUGAAUAUAAAAAUUAUACCUCGUAAUCCUGAUAUGAAAAUUAAUUUAUUUAAUGUAAAUGUUUAAAUAUAAUUUAAGUUUUAAAAUUAAUGGCCUGAGAUUGGUAAUUUAAAUCUGAUGCUUUAUUUAUGGUUAAAUAGUGCCAUUAUGUGUGGUUUAAUGGUCAAGAGUGGGACAUUAGGUAAUAUAUUGAAACUGCACAAAGGUGUCACCCCGAGUAUUGUAUCAAUAUUUUAUGCAAUAUCUUGGCUUGAGACUAUUAAAAAAACUCAAAGUAUCGAUACAUUAUCCUGCACAUGCAUUUUUAUGAAAUGUUCAUCUAUUUUAAAUAUACACAUAUUUAUUGUAUAUCUCAUCUGCCAAAUACUGCUAGAUUAUAGUUUGUGCUGUUGAUAUAUAUAUAUUAUAAAUUGACAAAUUAAAUGGCCUUUAUUUAUAAACAUAUCCAUUUAACAAUUCUGGCCGUAAUACUAGGAUUACUAUUAAAAGAUAUUUUAAUAAAUAUUGAUAAUAGAAAAAAAUAAGAUUAAUAUAUGUAAGUAUAGGAGAAAAUGUGUGAUUGAGAAAAUGAUAGCAUCUGGGAUAAAUUGAUUCAAUAUUGGCAAUAUUAAAUUUUAUAUGUGAUGUGAAAAAAUAUAUCAGAUUGUCAAUGAAGGUAUCUUCCAAUCUCUAUAUAUGAGUACACUAUGUCGUAUAUCAUAGCGUUUAAAGAGGAAUUAUCACUUUUGUGAUUAAUGGAGAUUGAUGAAUAAUCAAUCUGAUUAAAAUACAGAUCUAUAAUUUGUUUUGUUUUUUUUUAUACUUUCGAUGGCCUACACUACAUGAAGAUUUGACAAGUUAUAGUGGGAGUUCACGUCAGGGGUCAACUGAGCAGCUUUUGACCCUAUGACGUCAGACAUUAAUUAAUCAAUCAGCAUUGACAUUUCUAGUGGUUUAUCCACAGUCCCAUGCACCAAAAGGCCAAAAGCGCGCCGUAACAGACCGUUUCAUUGGCUAAUUCCUCACAUAGCCAGAACACGUCAAUAACAACUCUUCCAGAUCCUAGUGUAGUAAGGACAAGUAAAACGAAAUUUUGAACUAUAAAACGAAACGAAAUAGGAUCUGUGUUUUAAUCAGAUUGAUGAAUAAUAUGAUUGGACUAUUGAAUAUAGUCAGGCAUGUUCAAAUGCUGCAAUACAGAGGUUUCCAAUAUAUAUUUUUGAGUGAUUUUUAAGCAGAUUGGCCAUUUUUCAUUCUAUGUGGAUUCCUUGAACAGAUCAGUGCUUUGAUUUUUUCAAAACUAAUGUGCUUAUUCAAUAUUUGGGAAAGUAAUGAAGCCUCUGGUGUAGAAACAGUAAUACCAAUAACAGAAUUAUGAAUUGUACUGUGAUAUAAUUGCCGAUAACAAAAAGUUCAAUUUAAUGUAAAGAUAAAAAACUGAAUAUCUUGCAUUGCAUUGUAAGUUCAGUUGUAUUGAAAGUUGAUUUUAAGUGCUUGGAUGAGAGUGCACCCCCUUUUAUGACAAUUGAAUGUAUGUCUAUUAUUGAAUAAGUAAAAUUAUUGUGAAUAAAUGUUUUGUUUAAUAAAACUUCCCUUUCUUU